CACCGCCACCGUCACCAUUAUCCAUUUCAUCAAUUCAUCCGCGCACGCGCGCCUUCUUGGAGGUCUCCGCCUCGCGGAGGCAAGAUGAUGAUGACGCGGGCGUCGAUGGGGGCGAUGGACGGGGCCGAGGUGGACGAGGUGCUGCGGCGGCUCGUCGAGGGCGGCCGCGGGGGGCGCCAGGUGCAGCUGUCCGAGGCCGAGAUCCGCCGGCUCUGCGUCGAGGCCAAGCGGGUGCUGCUCGAGCAGCCCAACCUCCUGCGCAUCCACGCGCCCGUCAAGAUCUGCGGUGAUAUUCAUGGUCAGUUUGUUGAUCUUCUGAGGCUAUUUGAUUUGGGUGGUUAUCCUCCAACUUCGACUUAUCUAUUCCUUGGAGACUAUGUGGAUAGAGGGAAACAAAGCUUGGAAACAAUAUGUCUGCUUCUGGCGUACAAAUUGAAGUACCCUGAUAAGAUUUUCCUGUUAAGGGGUAACCAUGAAGAUGCAAAAAUUAACAGAGUUUACGGUUUUUAUGAUGAAUGUAAGAGGAGAUUCAAUGUUCGAUUAUGGAAGAUAUUCUGUGAUUGCUUCAACUGCUUGCCUAUGGCAGCCCUUAUUGAUGACAAAGUACUGUGCAUGCAUGGCGGCAUCUCACCUGAGUUGAAAAGCUUGGAUCAAAUAAAGGAUAUUGAGAGGCCUGCAGAAAUUCCUGACUAUGGUCUUCUGUGUGAUUUGCUUUGGUCUGAUCCUAGUUCUGACACACAGGGGUGGGGGGAGAGUGAUCGAGGUGUUUCUUGCACAUUUGGUGCAGAUAAGCUUAUAGAGUUUUUGGAGAAGAAUGAUCUUGACCUUGUAUGCCGAGCUCAUCAGGUGGUGGAAGAUGGCUACGAGUUCUUUGCACAAAGAAGACUAGUGACGAUAUUUUCAGCUCCAAACUACUGUGGGGAGUUUGAUAAUGUCGGUGCUCUAUUGAGCAUAGAUGAAAGCUUAAUGUGCUCAUUUCAGAUCUUGAAGCCAAAAGAAACAGGUGCACCACAUUCAAGGAAACCAAUUCCAAACAAGACACCACAAAGAGAGAACGUUUAACUUGUAUCCAGGUAAGUAGUCACCACUGUUGUCAGCUCGAAGGGGGUGAUCUCGUUAUGUCUCGGAUCCACCAGGGCAUGGCAUUAGGCAUUCUACAGCCGAUUUCUAUUAUCCUCUGGAGUGUGCAGUGGCAGGACUCUUGGCCACUUGCUCAAUGUGUGUGGACUCAAUUGUCGAUACUCCAUUCUUAUGUACAGCUGUGUUUCUGACUCAAGCAUUGUCUGUUCCGAUAGUUGCCUUGCCACCGCUGCAAUGUCCGGUGGGCAGUCCGUUUUGUUGUGUAACAUUACGCAUACGUGUGGCGCGAUUGUGCUUAUAUUUCUGUCUGUCCAUGGUCACACAUGUUGAAGAAGAAAA